AUGCAGUGGUAUAGGUGGAUUGCAGAGAACCGAUUUCCUGGGGAUCUGAUUGGUCCGUGCGGGGAAGAAUUCUGCGGAAGCUUUCUUUUUUUUUCAACAAGCCCGCAGCACCUGUUGACUUCUUAUCAUCAUUCAACUUCUUAUUCAGCUAGUGUGCUUUUCAGGCAUAGAAUAGGACGUCUAUGCGUGAAGAUGGACGCUUUCAAGCUGUUGACACGAUCAACAAAGUUCAAGUCCCCUGGCGCACAAUCAACCGCAUCAACCCGGCUCCCGUCCACAGGCAAAGCAGAGAACCCACAACUAUUCCGGUCUUCCGCCGCAGAUGGGCUCUUGGAAAAGAGCGGGAAUGGAAAGAAGAGGAAGCGCGGUUAUGGUGCCGAGGAAGCUCACCAUAUCGACGAAGAUGCAUUGAAUCUAGACUUCUUCAGCCAGAAUAAAAGCUCUGCGCCUCGGGGUUUAGAUGCGACGGCCGAGAAGGGACAGGAUCGUGAGGAUGCUUCUGGUUCUGAUGACGACGAGUCCAUGGAUGAAGUCCAAUGUCGGACGGUUUUGAACGCGCAUAAGAUCAAGGUCACGGAUAUGCGUGAUAUUGAAGAUGUCAGUCCGGUCCAGGUUCAAGCUGAGGAGCCGAAGAAGAAAAAGAAGAAGCGGAAACAGCAGGAAGAGAAGCAGCAACCUCAGACGCUCACCAAGAAAGAGCUAAAGAAAGCUCGGCGGCUGUAUCCGCAACCGCUCGUUUCGUUCAAGGAGCUGCGAACAAAAUACAAGAUCUCGAGACGCCUCGCCGACAACGUCGCCGAGCAAGGUUUUACUGUUCCUACGGAGGUGCAGCUGGGGAGUUUGCCUUUGCUACUCGGGAAUAAGUCCGGCUCUGAGAAAUCAAAGGCUGCUACUACCGAGCCAGAUCUUUUAGUGGUUGCACCUACGGGGAGUGGGAAGACGCUUUCAUUCAUGAUCCCAGUGAUCAACAAGAUUGUUCGACACCACCAUGAGCAACCAGAGGAGCGUGGGAUCUUCUCUGUUGUGGUCGCACCAACCAAAGAACUUGCCAGUCAGAUUGCCAACGAGGGAAGGAAACUUGCACUUGGAACAGGUGUCAAGAUCACCCUUAUGAAGAAAGGAAUGCGGGUUGUGAAGCGAGAUGACGAGGAUCAAGGCGAUAUUCUCAACGAAAGCAGUGCGGAAUCGUCCGAAUCGGAGAGUGACGAGAAACCAGCCGGCAAGCCAAAGGCAGCAAUUCCCGUCACAAAAAGCGAUAUCCUUGUCUCGACGCCAUUGCUUCUGGUCAACGCUCUCUCCGCAAAUAAGACUAAACCUCUUGGGACCCUACCGCUAGUGCGCAACUUGAUCCUAGAUGAGGCAGAUGUCCUCCUUGAUCCUCUGUUCCGUGACCAAACGCUUGAUAUCUGGCGCUCUUGCACACAUCCCGAACUUCGUGCCAGCCUGUGGUCAGCCACCAUGGGCUCUAGUAUCGAGGACAUGGCCAAAUCAACCAUCAAAGAGCGCAAGCUCACUCUACCAGAAACACAAUCCUACCCUCUGAUCCGACUUGUCGUUGGACUAAAAGAUUCCGCUAUCCCCAACAUUAAACACAAACUUGUCUAUGCCGCGACCGAGCAAGGAAAGCUCCUUGGUCUCAGACAGCUUCUACAUCCUACAGCAGCGACAUCCUCAGAUGUCCGUCUCCGCCCGCCGUUCCUCGUUUUCACGCAGACAAUCCCCAGAGCCGUAGCGCUUCAUUCUGAGUUGCUGUAUGAUAUCCCUCCUGAGGCCGGCGGUUCGUCGAGAAUAGCCGUCCUGCAUUCCGAUUUAUCAGAUACCCAACGAUCAGAAAUCAUGAAAGGCUUCCGCAAAGGAGAGAUUUGGAUUCUCGUUACCACCGAUUUACUCGCGCGUGGUGUCGAUUUCCGAGGUAUCAAUGGAGUUGUCAACUACGACAUACCCAACUCAGCGGCAGUAUACGUCCACAGAGUAGGACGAACUGGGAGAGCGGGUCGCGAGGGCGGCGUUGCAGUCACAUACUACACGAAAGAGGACAUUCCCUAUGUGAAAAGCAUCGCGAAUAUCAUCGACGCGAGCGAGAAGCUACGAGGAGAGUCUGGCGAGCGGUCGGUGCAAAAAUGGCUCCUGGAUGCGCUGCCUGACCUCAGCAAGAAGAAUAAGAAGGAGUUGAAAAAGCACGGUGUCAAAGCCCGGCAAACAAACACCAAGGGCGGCGAAGACAAGGACCAGCGCAGAACGAGAAUCAGCACAAAGAGCGGGUUCGAGCGACGACAGGAGAACAGGAAGAAGGGUGCUAUCGCAGCAAGCCGCAAUAGAUCCCAGCACCCAUCCCAGAAGUCGGACAGUGAAAGCGACGGUGAUGAUGGCUGGGGCGGCAUCGACGAUUAG